GAGCUCUCUGGCCUGGGAGGGCGGGGGCGUGGCUGGGCCGGCGAGAGGGCGUGGCCGGCGCCGAGAGGCGGGGUCUGACCGAGGGCCGCGGGGCAGCAACGUCGCUGGGCAGCGGAGCGGCGGCCGCGCCAUGUGGCUGCUGGGGCCGCUGUGCCUGCUGCUGAGCAGCACCGCGGAGAGCCAGCUGCUCCCUGGGAACAACUUCACCAACGAGUGCAACAUCCCAGGUAACUUCAUGUGCAGCAACGGGCGGUGCAUCCCGGGAGCCUGGCAGUGUGACGGGCUACCUGACUGCUUCGACAAGAGUGACGAGAAGGAAUGCCCCAAAGCAAAAUCGAAAUGUGGCCCGACCUUCUUCCCCUGCGCCAGUGGCAUCCACUGUAUCAUCGGCCGCUUCCGCUGCAAUGGAUUUGAGGACUGUCCCGACGGCAGCGACGAGGAGAACUGCACAGCGAACCCCUUGCUCUGCUCCACGGCCCGCUACCACUGCAGGAACGGCCUGUGCAUCGACAAGAGCUUCAUCUGCGAUGGUCAGAAUAACUGUCAAGACAACAGUGAUGAGGAGAGCUGCGAGAGUUCUCUAGAACCAGGCAGCGGGCAGGUGUUUGUGACUUCGGAGAACCAGCUUGUGUACUACCCCAGCAUCACAUACGCCAUCAUCGGCAGCUCUGUCAUCUUCGUGCUGGUGGUGGCCCUGCUGGCACUGGUCCUGCAUCAUCAGCGAAAGCGAAACAACCUCAUGACCCUCCCUGUGCACCGGCUGCAGCAUCCUGUGCUGCUCUCUCGCCUGGUGGUCCUGGACCACCCUCACCACUGCAACGUCACCUACAAUGUCAAUAAUGGUGUUCAGUAUGUGGCUACCCAGGCCGAACAAAAUGCCUCGGAAGUAGGCUCUCCACCCUCCUAUUCAGAGGCCCUGCUGGACCAAAGACCUGCGUGGUACGACCUUCCUCCACCACCCUAUUCAUCUGACACUGAGUCUCUGAACCAAGCUGACCUGCCUCCUUACCGCUCCCGGUCAGGAAGUGCCUACAGUGCCAGCUCCCAGGCAGCCAGCAGCCUCCUGAGUGUGGAAGCCAGCAGCCACAACCCAGAGCAGCCUGGCUCUCCAGAGGGCUCUGCUGAGCCCAGAGACUCUGUGCCCAGUCAGGGCACCGAAGAAGUAUAAAAUCCAGCGAUUCCAAAGUCCAUAUGGGUAGAUCCUCUCCAACUUGUUGAAUUCUAUCAGACUGUGCUCAUGGGACACUCUUUGAGCUCCUUUUGAGAAUGUCUCCAGUUGAAAUUUUGGGGUGCUGACUACACCUUCUCCUCCAGAUUUCAGGGAUGUUCUUUGGAAUGACCUGGCACUCCUCCAGCCACUUAGUUAACAGGAUACAUUGCCGUCUUUCUCUGCACAGUCACUGUUCCUUCAGGGCCUGUGAUUAACAGACUCCUGCUUCAGAUGACUGUGCUAUUGUUGGUCCAUCCCAGUAGUCUUAUGACUGGACAGGCGGCCGGGUGAAGCCAUGUGUGUAAAUAGGCUUUGGCAGGGUUCUAGGGCCAUGUCACACAUUCAGGAUGUCAGAAGACAUCAGACCAGAGUCUCUACUGAGCUGCCAACUUAUAGAUACAUUUGGAGACGUAGUUUGGAGGAUUCUUACAAAAAGGCCAUUAUUGGAUGGCCACUCCAAAAAGUGUCCAGGAGAACAUCAAAUCCCGUUUUGUACUCUCCUAUGCAUCGAUCUUACUCCAGCAGAGGCCAAAGAAAAACUCUGGCAUGAGCAACAGCUUUCAACUCUCCAAACUCUAGUUUGGUUUUAUGAAAGACUCAGAAACCUCCACCCUGGCCUUACAGACUUGCCUAAGAGUCCUCAUUCUGAGAUCUUUCAGGAAGGGCAGACCCUCAGCAACGUCCUUGAAUAAGUAGGAAGCCCCUGGCAUGAGUUCCUAGCUGCUAAUGUGUAGGUUACCGGAGUCUGCUCCUGCCUUGGCCCCAUCAUCCUUUUCCGGCCUUCUGGAUUGUCCCCUUCCAAGAUGACCUGCCAUAGCUAAGGAUAAGGACCCAAAUUAAGCUGGUCAAAAUUCUAAUCUAACCGUUUGCCCCAGGAAAACAGACCCAGUCUGGCAUGUUCAUCCAUGCAACUUCCUUGAUAGGCUCCUAAGUUCCAUGUACACUUGGGAGCCUAUUGUCCAUGUGCAUUUGGACAUAAGGACACAAGUUUCUUUCUAACUUACAUGAGAACCACAUUCAGUACCACCCAUGAGAAUUCUCAGGUCCCUGUACUACACACACAACCCCCAGGACAGUGCACCAAGUCAGGGUUAGGGUUAGAGUGAGGGUCAGGCCUGGCCAGACAUCUGGCAGUUUCUCCUGAAAGAAGUGGUCAACAGAUAACUUGGAGUCAAGAUUUCCCAUUGGAUUUUGUUUUUUUUAAAGUCUCUUAGAAAUGCAUUUGAAACAGUGUGUUUGUCUUUUCCCUUCUAGUUAAGGGACUAUUUAUAUGUGUAUAGGAAAGCUAUCUCUUUGCUUUUCUUGUUUCUCUUUCAGUGAGGUCCAAAGAAAGAUGCAAAAAGAAAUGCUGCCUUUCCCAUCCCAUCCCAUAAUGUCACCUCAGACUCACAUGCAAGCUGAGCAUCUACACUGGGGCAUCGUGGAGUCAUUAUUUAUUGAGUUACUGAGACACGCAGAGACAAGUCCACCAUCCACUGUAUGUUUGGAUUACCUUUCUUCCUCCUUGAUGCCCAGCCAGUCCUAGUGCAUGCCACCACCAUGCACCCCCACCAACCAGGCAAUAAUGGGUAAACCAUACUAACUAGGGACAAAACUGGAACCAGAUGGUGCCACCUCAGGCAGCUGCCACCCAUUCAAAGCAUUUUUCCACUUCUAAGGAAAGUUUCAAUAACCUGUUCGAUGCUAAUUAAAAGGGAGCCUGCAGGGAGCAGGGAUGAAGUGGCCUUCAGUGAUGCUGGACUGACUUCCUUUUUAACCAAAUCCAAAGUAGACUGCAGGAAAGGUAACUAGCCAUGUGGGGUUUUGUUUGGUUUUGGUUUUGUGUAAAUAAGCCUAGAUGUUUGCUUCUUUCACUGUUAAAAUAGAAAUUGAGUUGGUGUGUGUGUGUGUGUGUGUGUGUGUGUGUGUGUGUAUGUGUGUAAC